AUGCAUAAGUGCCCAUCUAGUACCCAAGCACAUGGAAGACGUCAUAAACGUAGCAAAUCAUCUCGUGAAAAAUCUCAAGUCGUGUCCUUUGUGAGUCUCGAGGCAGAAGUCGCCUCAGAGGACAAAGAUUCGGAAGGUGAAGAAGAUGACGAUGUCUCAGACAACAACAUUGUAGACGAUGAGUCUGAUGACAAUGUCAUGCAUCCUUCGUCCUCAUUGAAGGAUGUUGGUGCUUGGGACAUCUUUCGGGAACACCUAACGACCAACAUGUCGUUCGAGGAAAUGCUAGAAAAGUUGCGUGCUGUUAAGAACGUGCUCAAGGGUUGGAUCCAAAGGGCUUGGCUUCAGCUCGUGUGCUGUGCCCCUUACCCGAAAAGGAAACAGCAGAGGACUACCAGAGGUAGAGGCAGAGCAGAGGACGACGAGAGGAGAAACUCAAGUCAGACGGAGGAGGGAAUGAGCAGAGUCUAA